AUGGAACUUGACGCGCGACCGCCAGUCAGAACCACAGUCUUCCCAGAACCCGUCGAUGAGAGCUCUAUUCGUCUUCUCCGGUUCUCGCAGCCAGAAGAUGGCGUCUUCGUUGGCAAGCUGCAGAAGUUCGCCAUCGCCAGCGCCCCUCAUUAUUACACAGCCAGCUAUGUGUGGGGCGAGCGCAAGUACAAAGGUGCAAAGAUUAAUCUGAAGACCGGAGGACUACCCAUACUAAACAGCCUGGUACCAUUUAUUCACAUGGUCACCCGCCAUGGCGACUUCAAGACCACAGACUGGUGGUGGAUUGACUCGCUGUGCAUCAACUUGGAUGAUCCCAGCGAACGCGAGAAACAGGUGCGCAUCAUGGCAGACAUCUACAAAAGAGCCAGGCGAGCAAUAGUCUGGCUGGGUGAGGAGAAAGAAGACGGUAGCGACUGCACCGAUGCCAUCGACUUCAUGCACUACCUGUCCACCUUGCAGAUCGGGUUCAAUGGGGACGACCUUGCCAUGCGCAAGAAACUCGAGAACCCAGAGUUCACCGAUAAGUGUGCCGCCGUCAGUAAUCUUCUCGCCAGGCCGUGGUGGACAAGGGUCUGGACGUUACAAGAGUUUGUCUUGCCAAAGGAGGCGAAACUCUACUGUGGCGUGGAUAGUAUCAGUCGCGGAAGAUUCAAAAGCGCCAUCUAUAGCAUCUUCCUUUGCAGCACCAUCAGCAAGGACUUUGAACACGAGCUUGUUCCGCGAAAGCUCUUUGAUGGAGCCUUCAAUCGCCGCCGCAUUCAUCAAUGGCACACCAAGCCAGCCUCGAUCGGCAUCAACCUGAUCGCCAUCAUGGCGUACCUGGGUAAUCACUCCGCCACCGACAGUAGAGAUCGCAUUUACUCCGUGCUAGGUUUGAUCACUGAACAAGACCGAGCGCUCAUCGGACCUGCCGAAUAUACCACCAGUAUUGCGCACCAAUUUGCACGACUCGUUCGCUCCUUCUGGACCGUCCAUCGGUCCCUGGAUAUCGUCUGCUUCGCGCAUUUGUUCUGUCCUAACGCCGCAGUCAGCGACCCCGGUGUCGAAGAUCCUGUGCCUACCUGGUCUCCGGACUGGAGGACGACAAUCGACUUCGCUUCGCCUGUGCCGCUGAUGGCAAGCCAAAGUGCGUGUGAGCACAUUGGAAACUUCAGACCGCUACGAUCAACACGCUGGAAAGCAAUCUACGAUGCUCCUGGAGAGACACUGAGGAAAGAAGCAGAUGUUUCAUUUUCCGAGGACUUGAAGGAACUCCACUGCAACGGUGUCGUGUUGGACACUAUUCACGGGCUCGGCGGGCUUGACGAGCGCGAAUUGCGAUGCGAGAGCUUUGUCUGCCGCGAGGCCGGUCAUGACUUGAUGCAGUCGCAAGAAUACCAGCAUAGUGCUUCGCGAGUCGCAAAGCAGCCUGCUGAGUGGCUUGAAGCUAUAGCGCGGUCCUUGGUUAUCGACCGUCGAGACAAAUACCUCUGCUUCCAGGCGCCAUCGCACUACAUCAGCGACUUCCUCUUCCUCUGUCAUGCCUGUGUUGACGGCGAUCCUGUCGACUGGAGCUUUGCAACAUGGUUUGAGCGCAACCGUCAUGUGAUGUUCGGCAACAUGUCGCUCGAAGACAUAGUCCGACAGAUACCCACCAAAUUUUCUUCACCUGCCCCAACACUGCAUCGGCCACCGUCGCAUCCCGUACAUCAGAUGAACGACAAGCUCGAUACCUUUCUCUCACGCUUCCACGAUACUGUGCGGAAGAAAGCGCGCCGGCUGAUGGUCACCGAACAAGGCUACGUUGGCAUGGCGCCGUGUCGCGCAAGGCCGGGCGAUGUCGUGGCUAUCUUGUUCGGAUGCAGCAUCCCGCUUGUCCUGCGGAAAGUGGCUUUGCAAGCUGCGUGGCAGGUUGUCGGCGAGGGCUUUGUACAUGGCCAAAUGAAUGGCGAGAUCGCAGACGAGCUGAAGAGCGGGACGCUCAACGUACGUCGGUUGAGGCUAGUCUGA